CCGGACACUCAACAUGGGUCGUCCUCAUGCCAAGAGGGCUAAGCCCAUCAUGCAACAAGGGCCUUCGACAGCCCAGAAGCUGAUAGCGAAGAAGCGAGGGACUCGACAGCUGCGUGAGAAGCCUCGCAGUGUCGAUGACGUCUCGAGGACGAACAAGAAAGACAAUCUCAACCAUUCGGGUCAGAGGUCGAGGGCGACGGUGAAGAGGCUCUUGAUGUACCGCGAGAAGGCUCCUGAAGUCCGCGUGCGCCCGGAGUCAGCGAUGAGACAAGCAAAGGUGGCGCCGAACAGAAGGUGGUUUGGGAACACGAGGGUGAUCGGACAGAACGAGCUGGCGCACUUCAGAGAGGAGCUGCAGAACAAAAUCAACGACCCAUACACGGUCCUGCUCAAGGGCAAGAAACUGCCCAUGUCCCUCCUCACCGACUCCGCCAAGGUCAAGUCGGUGAAGAUGCUGGAUGUGGAGCCAUUCGAGGAGACGUUCAGCAAGGGGAGGAAGAGGAAGAGGCCAAAACUUGCGUCCGCAGACCUUAGCGAGAUGCUGGCGAAGGCGGACGAGGCGAAGGAGGGGUACGACGAGAACAAGGACUCGAACAUAGAGGAGCUGCACGAGUACUCCGAGGCUGCUAGGGAGAAUAUCUUCAUGAAAGGGCAGUCGAAAAGAAUCUGGGCGGAGCUUCACAAGGUGAUAGACUCCUCCGACGUGAUCGUGCAAGUUCUCGACGUCAGGGACCCCAUGGGGACCAGGUGCAAGUACGUGGAGACGCUGCUCAAGGGAGCGAACAAGCGGCACAAGCAUCUCGUCCUCCUCCUCAACAAGUGCGACCUCGUCCCGACGUGGGUCACCGCCAGGUGGAUCAAGCUGCUGUCGGCCGAGUACCCCACCCUUGCAUUCCACGCCUCCAUCAACAACCCCUUCGGCAAGGGAGCGCUGAUCCAGCUGCUGCGGCAGUUUGGCGUCCUCCACAGCGACAAGAAGCAGAUCAGCGUCGGGUUCUUCGGGUACCCCAACGUGGGCAAGAGCUCGGUGAUCAACACGCUGAGGAAGAAACGCGUCUGCAAGGCUGCGCCGAUGCCAGGAGAGACCAAAGUCUGGCAGUACGUGACGCUCUUCCGAGGGAUCUACCUGAUCGACUGCCCUGGGACUGUCUAUGGGACCAAGGAUGACGACAUGACGACUGUGAUGAAGGGAGUUGUUCGAGUUGAGAACAUCGACAUGCCUUCCCAGUAUGUCCCAGGUGUGCUUGCGAAGGUGAAGAAGCAGUACGUCGCUCGUCACUACGGUCUCGCGGAUUGGAAGGACGCGGAGGAUUUCCUCGAGAAGUUGUCGCGCAAGUUUGGGAAGCUCCUGAAAGGAAACGAGCCUGACGUGGAGACGACUAGCAAGAUGGUUCUCAACGAUCUGAUCCGCGGGAAGUUGCCAUGGUUCGAAGAGCCUCCCAGCGCUCCUGAGCAAGGAUUCUCCUAUCAGAAGAAGGACUUGAGGCCUCAAGAAGUCAAGGACAAGGAGGAGCAGCUUAAGGAAGCAAGUCGGCCGUCAGAGCUGCAGGAGGCGAAGAUGGCAAAGGAGAAGGCGAAGGGAAAGAAGGAAGAAGUUUUGCAGGAGGAAGAAGAGAAGGCAGCCGAAGUGGAGGAGGAGGAAGAGGCAGAGGAGGACGACGAGGACGAAGAGGAGGAGGAGGAGGAGGCUGGAAGGGUGAUGCCAGUCAAGCAGCGUCUGAGCAAGAUUCUUUGCUCGCACAGGUACGACCAUGACGACAUGACCCGAGGAGAUGCCGACUUGCCGGAGGACUCAGAUUCAGCGGUGGACUCAGACGAUCUCUCUGAGCGUGAGGAGGAGGAGGACGGGGAGGAGGAGGAUGGAGCAGGAGGGUCGGUGAAGGGGGAGGAGGACGAGGACGAGGACGAGGACGGAUCUGGGUCCGAGAUCUCCCUGAACGACUGCGAGGAUAGCGAGCAAGACUCAGAAGUUGAUGAGGACGCGGCAGCGGAGGCAGCAUGGGCGGAGAUGGAGCUGCAUGCGGAGAACGAGGAGGAGGGAGCAGCUCCGCUGCCUCUCAAGGCUCAGGGGGUGGACAAGAAGAAGAUCAACAGAACCCUCCUGCGAAGGAGGAGGAAGGCAGCGCAGAAGGCGGAGGGGAAGGACAAGUCGUGGGCCGGAAAGAUCAGCUCGAAGCCCAAGAGACACGCGCAUCUCUCACAGAUGCUCGACAAGAACAUCGACCCCGAAGAUUGUCCCGCCUAUGGCAAGAGACCAAAACCUGGAAGGCACGUGAACAAGAAGCGCAAGGUCGGAAAGCACUUUUAUGACGAGGUUGACGUCAAGGGGAAGAGGAAGAAGAAGGGAAGAGACUAA